CAUCCGAGCACAAACUCUUUUCUCUAAAUUACCGCCAAAAGGCCUCUUCCUCUAAUGUCUUUGUCCUCUAACAACUACUGUAACUUGCUCAAACUGUGCUGCCAAGCAGGAAACCAUGCACAAGCAAAGAAGCUCCACUGUCACAUUAUCAAAACCGUUACAAGUCCGGAAACCUUUCUUCUCAAUAAUAUGAUCACGACGUACGGGAGAUUAGGCAACUUAAGGUAUGCUCGUCAUGUGUUCGAUCAAAUGCCUCACCCAACCCUUUUCUCAUGGAACGCCAUUCUCUCCGUCUAUUCUAAAUCGGGUUAUCUUUCUGAUAUGCAAGAGAUCUUCGAUCGCAUGCCGAGGCGAGAUGGGGUGUCUUGGAAUUCAUUUAUUUCGGGGCAUGCGUCCUGUGGUUUGCUUGCUGAGGCUGUCAAAUUUUAUAGCUUGAUGUUAACGGACGGAGCCGCCAAUUUGAACCGGAUAACGUUUUCCACGAUGCUUGUGCUUUGUUCGAGUCAGCGGUGCGUGAACUUGGGUCGACAGCUUCAUGGGCAUAUAGUGAAAUUUGGGUUCGAGUCGUAUGUGUUUGUUGGUAGUCCCUUGGUUGACAUGUACUCAAAAGCAGGGUUGAUUCUUGACGCAAAACGUGUUUUCAAUUCUAUGCCGGAGAGGAAUGUGGUUAUGUAUAAUACAUUGAUCACCGGGCUUUUACGGUGUGGAUUGAUUGAAGAUUCUGAAUGUUUGUUCAGUAAAAUGCCUGAAAAAGAUUCGAUUUCGUGGACCACAAUGAUUACAGGACUUACCCAAAACGGUUCAGGCAGCAAAGCUCUUGAUAAGUUUAGAGAAAUGAUAUUAGAAGGCUUAAGUAUGGAUCAAUAUACAUUUGGUAGCGUAUUGACAGCAUGCGGGGGCCUAUUUGCCUUGGAAGAGGGCAAGCAAGUUCAUGCCUAUAUCAUUAGGACUGAGCUUAUAGAUAACAUCUUCGUUGGUAGUGCUCUUGUUGACAUGUAUUGCAAAUGUAGAAGCAUAAAAGCUGCAGAAGGAGUUUUCAAGAGGAUGAGCUGCAAGAAUGUGGUAUCGUGGACUGCAAUGCUUGUGGGUUAUGGCCAGAAUGGGUACAGUGAAGAAGCUGUUAGAGUUUUUUGUGACAUGCAGAGAAAAGGGGUUGAACCAGAUGAUUUUACCCUGGGAAGUGUAAUUAGCUCAUGUGCAAACCUAGCAAGCUUAGAAGAAGGUGCCCAGUUCCACGGUCAAGCUCUAGCUUCAGGCUUGAUUUCUUUCAUUACAGUUUCAAAUGCACUUGUCACCUUAUAUGGUAAAUGUGGAAGCAUCGAAGACUCCCAUCGGCUGUUCAAUGAGAUGAACAUCAGGGAUGAGGUCUCCUGGACAGCCUUGGUUUCAGGUUAUGCCCAGUUUGGAAAAGCUUAUGAGACAAUUGAUUUGUUUGAAAGGAUGCUGGCCCAUGGUUUGAAACCCGACGGAGUUACUUUCAUAGGGGUUCUUUCAGCUUGCAGCAGAGCAGGACUCGUGGAUAAAGGACAUCAGUAUUUUGAAUCCAUGGUAAAAGAACAUGGAAUUACACCAAUUAUGGAUCACUACACUUGCAUCAUUGACCUUCUCAGCCGAGCUGGAAGGUUAGAAGAAGCAAAAAGAUUCAUAAAUGAGAUGCCUUUCCAUCCCGAUGCAAUUGGUUGGGCCACUUUGCUGAGCUCAUGUAGACUUCAUUGUAAUAUCGAAAUUGGUAAAUGGGCAGCUGAAUCUCUUCUAGAGUUAGAGCCCCAGAAUCCUGCUAGUUAUAUCUUGCUCUCAAGCAUCUAUGCUGCUAAAGGGAAAUGGAAUGAGGUGGCCAAUUUAAGGAGAGGAAUGAGGGAUAAGGGGGUUAGAAAGGAACCAGGAUGCAGUUGGAUCAAAUAUAAGAGCAGAGUGCACAUUUUUUCAGCAGAUGACCAGUCAAGUCCAUUUUCAGAUCAGAUAUAUGCCAAGCUGGAGAAACUAAAUUGCAAAAUGAUAGAAGAGGGUUAUGAGCCAGAUAUGAGUUCUGUUCUUCAUGAUGUUGAGGAAUCAGAAAAGAAGAAGAUGCUUAAUUACCACAGCGAGAAGCUGGCAAUUGCGUUUGGAUUGAUAUUUCUUCCUGCUGGCGUUCCUAUACGAGUAGUUAAAAACCUUAGAGUAUGCGGGGAUUGCCACAAUGCCACUAAAUACAUUUCCAAGAUCACCAAGAGAGAGAUACUUGUAAGAGAUGCUGUCCGGUACCAUUUAUUUAAAGAUGGAACUUGUUCAUGUGGAGAUUUCUGGUGAUGAGAUUGUCAGUGUCAAAAGCUGUUGGAGCGGAUUGUAAAACCAUUAUAUUUACUAGGUUAAAAAUGAGCUGUUAAAUAUAAGAUUUAUCACUGAUGCAGACUGUGGGAAGAAUUAGAAAGUCCAACAAUAAUAGUUACCUGCUGCAACUGAGUACAGAUCUCAAUGACUUCAGCUGGAGGUGCCCAAUCACCAAAGUUCCUCUCAAUAAACUGUUUCCCUCCACCAAGUGCUUUGAAGAAUUCCAUUCCGCGAUCAAACAAUACAACACCACCCCAGUAUCGAGGCCAGAAGUCCUUUAUCUGCAGCAUCAAAAUAACACAUCAUCCAAAGUUGAAGGUAAGAGGCAGAAAUUGAAGUGUAGUUAGUUAUACCUCUGACUCCAUAUGUUCAUGAAGAACUGCAAAUAGUUGAAUUCCCAGUGAAUCAAAAAUGGGUUUUUUGGCAUAUAGCUGGUGAGCUUCAGCCCUACACAUGAUGCACCUGUUUCAAAUUCAAAUAUUAGUUAGUUUCAAGAAAGAUGCUCAUACUUUGAAGUAGACUUAAAGAUAUCUUAUGGAAAACUCUAUAUCUCACAGUAUAGUCGAGCCAGCUUUUCAAGGUCGUACCCUAGUUUUGUUUGUUUUAUUUACAUCUUUUGUAGUUUAAGACAAGGUUGUCAUCCUAUAUCAAUAUACCUUCAUCAUGUGAUCUUUAUUUUAAUUUGUGAAUCUCUGUCUUGUAUUUACUUAGUGCACCCCUGUAAAAAAGUAUUGAUCAACAAACCCCCCCUACUUGUCUGAGUUCAUGACUGAAAAGUUUAGCAUUUAGUAUAAUGGACAAAACCAGGCUCUGUGAAAUAAAGCCAUGCUUUAAUGCAGUGCAUAAGAAUUUACCCUGGACGUCGGAUGCAGAGAAGGACUGCUGGUUUGUUUUGCCACAGUUCCGAAGCCUUCAUUGGAGGUGUUUUGGUUUUCACCAAAUGCUCCAUCCCCAUCUUAUACUCUGGAGUUAGCUUCUGAAUUGAGAUGUUUUCGAUGGUAGAGUAUGGAGCAACUUUUUCAACUACAGGAGGAGGUUGUACACAACCACAUGCUCUAGGUUCAGCUGGCUCCAUAGCAACUAUCCCUUUGAAAAUGUAUCCAUCCUUAAUCUUAAAACUGGCCAGUGAUUGUUGCAGAGAUUUGCUAUUGAUUGAACUAUUUCUUGUUGGUAAUUUACUAUGAAACUUCUGAGAGUUUACAGAUUGAAAACUCCUUUGAAUGCUAGUAUUUUUCGAAAGUAAGGUAAUUUUUUCUGUUGCAAGGGAAGGAUGCGAGUUUGGUAGGUGAUCUGCACAAGCACUGGUUCUGUCCAUAAAACGGGCAACAUGGCCUCGCUUCAUGCCAAACUGGGAAGAAAGAUCUCCGGGGUUUAAGUUAAGGAGCUCAGACAGACAUUUCCCACUGGACUCGAUCCUAUCACCAUAUUGCAUCAAAGCACGGUCAUGCAGGUAUGACCUGAUUUCCAGUGCAUCCUAGAGUACACACAAAAGAAAUGACUCAGAGGCAGAUUCAUAUGUAUAUAUGUUGAUUCUUUUCUGUGAUAAGUAAAA